UACGCGCAGUUCGUGGUUGCGCGACCAUUGAAACGGACAAGUUUCUACCGUCAUUCGGUCCCGUAAGGGUUUCAGAAGCGUUGGUGUUAGCGUAGCGGAUAGUAAGGAGGAGAUUGAAAUAUCACGUACAUAUUCGAGAGUGAAGCAACUGCUGCAUUGUAAUUGAAAAUGUUCACCGGUUUAACGAAUCAGGUGUCUACAUGGAUGGGGAAGAAGGCGGAAGACGCCGGCACGGAACUGCCGGCUGAUGAAAAGAUUGCCGCAACUACCGAAGGAGAAGACGUAGAUAGGAAAGAUAGCCCGACCAAAGGUAGCAGCAAAUUGGAUAUGCUGGUUGGCGUAAAAUCCCAGAUGACCGGCUGGUUCAGCGGAGGAAUCCUGAGUCGUGGCAUGACGCAGCCUGCCGAGGGUGAAGCACAGGCUGCUAAGACCGUGAACGGGGCCCAGGCCCAGGCCCAGGCCCAAGUGGCGCCGAGCACCGAGGGCACCGUCGAACAGACGAAAGACGACGAUGCCAGCAGCGCAACUAGCGGAGCCGAUAGUGGUCCCGUGAGCUUAGAAGGUUCUCCAUCCGAGGACAAGGAGCAGCAGGCAUUCGGCGGAGUCUCAACGAAAGCACUGGCAGGUGCUAAGACCCUGGGCGGAUUUUUGUACAGCGCCGUGAACAAGGCUGGAAAGACCGUGGUGGAGGCUGGAGCGAAGAUCAAGAAGACCGUCGAGGAGAACAGAUUGGUCGCCGAGCUGAACAAAGAACAGGAGGCUUUCAUUGCCAACAAGCACACCGAAAAGGGUGAGGCCGUCGCACCGUGGGUCGGUGCACCGAACGAGGACAUACUACGCGAAGAAUGCUUAUCUCUGUCGACGGAUCAACGCAACUUCCUGAAGUCGCCGCCAAAGGAAGUCGAUUUCCCGUGGGACUUCGAGGCCGUGCAACCGAUGGCACAGGCCACUCUCGCCCUGGAUCCGAAUUUGGAGAACAUGAGGUUCCAGCUGGUGCCGAAAGUAAUAUCAGAAGAGAAUUUCUGGCGGAACUACUUCUACCGGGUGUCGGUACUCCGUCAGAGCCACGAGCUGAACACGAUGGCCAACCAGGCGGAGAACAACCUGAACCAGAGCUCCGCCGGAACCGUGGAUCAAGCUGAAGUUCAAGUGACCACUGGCCAGGAAAGCAGCGGAUCCGUGAUGACCGGAAGUAACAGCGCGUUGGCCGAUUCGCCGGGCCACGAAUUCGUGUCCGAUAGCAUGAGGGUCUCGGACACGGACCUCGAAGAGGUCCGCGAGGGCAUGAAAAAGCUGGGGAUGCAGCCACCUAAAGCCUAAGAAGAGGAGAAUCCCCCGAUAAAAAGCAUUAUCCAAAGCACACCCCUCAGAAAAUAAAUACGACAAGCUUCUUUCCCCGUCUCGAAGACCGACGUUGAGCUUUUCGGUUCUCGUCCACGAUCUCCUCGAACCCUCCUUCUCUUUUUUCUUUUCUUCUACUUCUUCUUUUUCUUAUUCUUACUCUUCUUCUUCUUCUUCUUCUUAGUCUUCUUUUCGAUGCCACCCGUGGUCGAGUCGCUCAGAGACCACGCUCGGCCACGCGGGGAGACCUUCUCACGGGACGAUCGGUCGUCCCGCGAUUUUGCUUCCACCCCCGCGUUUUGCUUUCUUCGUCAUGCCUUGUUUUUUCGUUUCUGUUCUGUUCCCCUCUUUCGUUCUCCAUCCACCCGCAGCAACCCCGAUGCGUCGACGCGAUCUCGUGCCACGCGCGUAAGUGACCGACCAGCGAUCCUAGGGGGCGCUUUUCACCACGCGCGGUUUCCGUUAUCGUUACUCUAGUUGUCGUCGAUGUUUGCUUGCCGUCGUGUUCGUUGUCGAUUAUUCGUCACUGUGGUACGUCGAUGUCCGUUGGUCGCCCGGGCCCGGUCCCGGCUGGACGACCCGGCGACCACCCCUUUUUAAUUUCCGCAAAUUUACCAGACGCGUUCGAGAAAGAAGGGAGAGGGAAAUGGGAGUGAAGAAAUGAAAGGGAGUGAUAGAGAGGCAGAGGGAGAGGUGGGGAAAUAGACGAAUAAGGGACGAAUAAGCAGCGUUCUAGGUGACACGUCGGACUUGAAACGUGAUAAAUGGAGAAAAAAGGAAAGAAAAACAUUAAAAUAAUAUAAAAUAAAGUAAAGUAAAAUAAAGUAAAUUAACGUAUAAUAAAAUAACGCGUAAAUCGAUGAUAGCGAGUAGUGACACGCGACUAAUUGACACGCAUGCUGAGGGGAGAGCAAGAGAGAGCGAGCGCGAGUGAAAGAGUGAGAGAGCAAGAGGUAGAGAACGUGUGUAGGUGCGCGAGGGAGAGGAAGAAUGAGAGGAACGCUUCUUCCGAGGAGAGAACGCGGUAGAGAGGGUAAGAAUAAUGAUAAAAAAAAAUACUAAGUAAAUAAUGAACCUUUGGUAAAAAACGAAAUGAAGAACACGAAAAAAAAGAGAAAAAAAAAUAUAUAUAUAUACACGCAAAUGAAAAAUCGUAUAAAACCACAAGCAGAGAUAAAACUCGAUUAAAUGUCUGUAUGUCUGUCCGUUUGUCUGUCGUCUGUCUGUCUUCGUUCUUAAUCAAUAAAUAUUGUCUCUUGUCGAUUCUCUCCGUGUUGUAAAACGUUAAACGAAGCAUUAAACGCAUAACGCAACGGAAGCGAGAAAGCGAGAAAGCGAGGACGGAAAGGGCGAGGAAACAUGGCGAGGAAUCGAAGAGGGUGGCGUGUACCGUGAAGAGAAGGGAAGGACGACGCGAAAUUGUGGCUCUUGGGGGAAAGCGGAGCGCUCUUUCGCGAGUUUCACGCGAAUUUUCGCGUAUUUUUGCGAAAUUUUACGAUCACAGCAGUUUCUCGAACGCGCGAGGAACGAAUAGCCGAACGAAUGAGACGCGCCUGCUGAUCACAGUCGGUAUCUUCUUUUCAAGCGAGAAAAAAGGAAAAUAAUUUGUUUCAAGAAUAAGGGAAAAAA